AUGCCUGGUCCCUCACGAGAUGCCCCCAAGGCAAUCAACCGACAAAGCACCACUCCAUUUCAUCUGAAGCUCUUCUAUCGAGCAAACAAUUAUCACCAUCUCUCCGAUUACAACGCGCCCGUACCACACCGACGCGGCGGCCCUGUCAGUGGACCAAACGCCAUUCGCGCAUCCUCACCUCCCCCAGCUGCUACACCACUCCCUGCGCAUCUGGAGAUCUACACCUGGCAAUCAUGUACACUUCGGGAGUUAUCACAGCUUCUCACUUCCGCUUUGCCUUCAUUACUUCCAGACCCACCUGUUGGUACUCGGCUUUGCUAUCGACUGGUCUUCCCCGAUGCACGCGGUGCAGCAAUGAUGGGUCCCGACGCACGCGGAAAAUAUACGAGUCGCGACCUGGGAACUGUGAUUGUGGGACCGAGGGAUAGUCCGUACCGGGGUGAUGAGGAUGCAGAUGAUCGGGCGGAAGCUAGGCCUCGUGCUGGUCCACCGCGAUUCACGGGCUCUGAGACCGAUAAGACUUUGCAGGAUGCGAGGUUUUUGAUUGGUGAUUAUGUGGAGUGUGCUAUUCUGCCUCCUCUAGACGAUGGUUCAGUUGCGCCCCCGCUCCGGGGUGGUUCUGGUCCACUGCCGGCCGGUGGUGGUAGUGGCGGAGGUGGUGGUAUGCGUGCCUUCCGGGAUAAUGGAUUCCCAAGACCUGGUCGCGGUGGACGAGGUGGUGAUCGAGGAGGUCCACCUGCUUUUCCAGCAGGAGAUUGGAAGCGUGGAGAGAGGCUGCCAGAAGGGGGUAGAGGAGAUCGUGGCGAGCGAGGCGGCCGAGGAGGUCGUCGUGGAUGGGCCCCUUAUUAA